AUGUCAGUAUACGUAAAACACAUACUUAGGAUGGGCAAAAUUGGACCCGAAUUGUCGAAUGAGGAAGACGACGUAUUCGAAGAGAGUGACCAUUGUCAUGACAUUGCGGGGUCCUUGGAUUAUGUCGACCACGUGCCCCCUUUGCCCACAAGGAGAAAAACAACAUCCGGGUUGGGUCCAACAUUAAUUAGAAGACCGACCCUUGACAGGGACAAACGCCAUCGAGCAUCGCUUCCAGCUCAAAUCAUUGGUGAAUACAACACACAAAAUGGGAGAUCACCGGCAAAACGCAAAAGAGACAGUUUUUUGAAAAGACGACACAACUCAGCCUCAGCAAUUCAGCUAUCUGCUGUUUCUAGUGUGCCGACGUGUUUAUCCAGUAUGUCAGAAUGUAAUGAAGAUGGAAAUGGGCAUACGGACGACGUUAAAAACUCACAUACACAUGAUUCUCAAUCCCAGGCAUAUAUUCGCCUUCAUUCCAGUGCAGACGACUCAUCGUCUAACUUCAGUCGAAAGGAGCAUCCUGUGCAUAGCAAUAGUUGUCCUCAUAUUGAAACGACGUCUUACCAAAUGUUUGAUAUUAUAGGCGACCAGUCGGGGAUUAAGUUCCCAUGGCAACGCGAUGCGUCAACGCAGUGUAACAUUCAAAUAGAACGAGGGAAUUAUGUAAAAUCGAGAAGUGUUGAUACUUCGUCAUCGUCAAGCUCAAGUCUGACCCCACCUAACACUUUGUCUCUGUCCUAUCUGGACUGUGGAAACAGGGGAGGUCAGGGAAUCGUUCGACCCCAUUCUAUUGGAUGUCUGGAAGGAACAGUCCAUGAGGGAGAGAUAGAGCGCCUAAGACAGGAACAGGCUCGUAAAGCUAGAAAAUCCGACUCUUUUCUUCAAGUUUCACCACGAGCGUUAAGGAAACGCGCGUCCUUAGCGGUCUCGGACGACCAUGGGUCUGUUUCGGAUCUUGGUUCAAUAUCUGAAAAUCCCGAUAUCGAAGGUCGAGAUUUCAGUUUAGAAGAAAAUCAUAUGGCUGAUUUGUCUUCUGAACUUCGCCGUAUCUCUUUGAAAUCUGCGGAGCAGUACCGAGAUAUCAACGUUCUUCCGUCGCCUCGAGUUUCCCCCACAAUAUUUGAUGGGAGUAAUCAGAGAAAUUCCGGGUCGGAAUCGGACGACUGUUCCGGACCAGAUUCACGGACACGGAAGUAUCUAACAAUUCCAAGAAAGAGCUCUCGCCGUCGCUCCUCGCUUAGUCUGACGAGUGUAUCAGAUGAGAGUGAUGUUGAACCGUCCCCUCCUGUGGCUAGACGUGGGAGACGUGCCGCCAUUGUGGACACCAAGAACUUUGGUGAUGUCUCUCCUACCACGCUUUCACCAGAAGUAUCCCCCAGCAACUCAUGUGACGAAGGUGAUAAUGCAAGUAACAUUGCGGAAAGACUACGGCGCCGGAAGAGUUCAGUGGACCUCACAAUGAAUGUGUAUCCUGGGGAUCUUCUAGUGCACGAUCAUCAUAGAAAACUCAUGAAGCGAAACACUAUCGCCGACCUGUAUUCACAGAAAAAUGGAUCAUCGACAAGUAUUUCAGAUGAUCACAAAAAGGGAAGGCAGUCGUUUUCUCUUCGUAAAUUAAUGAAAACACGAAGCAAAGAAUCCAUUCCUCGCUUAGAAGAUGUUUUAAGUCAAAUGAAGCCGUCGGAAUUCCGUGACAAUCAUUUGUCUGCUUAUAAGAACCUGCAUUGGUCCGACCUGAUUGCUAGCUCUGAUAAACAGACGGAUGCCGUUAAACUACCAGAAGUAGAAAGGAAACGACGUGAAGCAGUAUGGGAACUCUUCAAAAGUGAAUGUGUCUUCCUCAUUGACCAUCUAAUGGUUCUAAAACAUUGUUUUAUGGAGCCGUUAAAAAAGGUUCAAGUUGAAGGUCACGUGAUGUUUGCUGAGCCACAAGACAUAUUCGGUAACCUUGACGAGCUUUGUUACGUGAGUUAUACGUUUUGUAAAGAUUUCAUAUCUGCCUUGCUCAAGGAUAUGAGCUCAACUGACUUCGGAAGCACAAGUGUCUUAAUCAGAGCCUUUGAACGGUUCACAACUCAUUCAAGAGAUGGAGGAGUGUACCAUAUCUACUGUCUCAACUAUGUGAAUGCCUUGACUUACCUCGAACAGCUGAGACGACACGAAGACUUCACAGAGUUCGAAAAGUGGUGUACGCAGGAUCCACGCUGUAAUCGUCUCCAGUUAACGGAUCUUUUAGUGGCGCCAAUGCAGCACUGCACCAAAUUUCCUUUAUUGCUCAACAAUAUUAAAAAAUACACCGAUAAUAGCGCGGAGAGAAAGCUGCUCACAGACCUCAUAGACAAAGUUGGAGUGUCUUUACAGAAAAUGGAGGAUAAAAUGAAGUGGGCGAAGAAUUACGAACGUCUUCAAGAGAUUCAAGGACAACUUGUUUGGCCAUCAGUAGCAGACAUUGACCCUCGAGCAUUUGUCCCUGACUUUCUCAAAACUGCCUUAACUAAACAGCCAUGUGAACGGAUGAUAUGUAGUCCAAAACGUCAGCUUAUACAUGAAGGAUAUCUGACACUUGUUGAGUCAGCCAAGACAUCUGAUGUUUAUGUGUUCCUGUUUGACGAUAUUCUACUUAUCACAAGAACAAAGAAACCACAGAGGAAGAAACAUUCCAUAGACAGUGUUCACAUUCGGUUGCAACAGUCCGGUCUAUCGGAGAAAACAGUCCACACAGUAUACAGGCAGCCAGUGGCCUUGGACAGACUCAGUGUCCAUGAUAUCACCCCAUCUGACGCUACAGCAAAUGGUCUGAAGCACGCCUUCGUCCUCGUCCAGAUCAGUCGGUACCAGCAAAUCAUCGGGGUAUUUACGCUACAGGCGGUCACAGAAUCACACAAGGCUCUUUGGGUGGAAAAGCUGUCACAUGCGAGAGAGAAGUUUAAUUCCGUGCCUGAUAUUUUGGCAAGUCAGUUAUCGCCUGGAGAGGAAGGUCAAGUUCAGGAAGGAUUAAUAUCGUCGGACAUUAUCCGAGCGACUAAACAAAGUCGCCGGGCCCCGUCAUUGAAAAACCCUCACGGAAAGUCCUUAUCAAUGGAUGCUGUUUAUCUGUGA